AUGACAUUUAGUUAUCAGACAAGAAUGUAAAAUGGCGUCUUACAACUGGACACAAAAAUCUAACUUGUUCAUGCUUUCCCCGGAUCGAAGUCGAAUAUUUGAUGAUAACAUACGAAGGAAAACUCGUUCUGUAGUGGCAGCUAUUGACUUUGGUACAACAUAUUCCGGCUACGCGUAUUCCUUCCCGGAUUUAAACAAGACAGAUCCAUUUAAGAUAUACGCGAAUGCUGAUUGGACAGAUGGAUCGCGAAUGCUGACGCCAAAAGCACCGACUGUUGUGUUGUUUGACAAAGCAAGGCGGUUUCAUUCAUUUGGAUACAAUGCCGAGACAAAGUAUAACGAUCUCGCGUAUGAAGAUGAACACAAAGGAUGGCGGUAUUUCAGAAGAUUCAGAACGACAAUUUUUCAAAACAAUCGGCUAAGUCCCCAUACUGAAAUUGAUGACGAACAAGGCCAGAAAAUGUUAGCGUUAGAUGUAUUUGCAGCCGCCAUACAGUUCUUGAAGGACCAUUUGUUAACACGCCUGAGAGAUAUUAGAACCUAUGUGCUUCCAACCGAUAUUGACUGGGUUCUAACAGUGCCUGCCAUUUGGGAAGACGAGGCGAAAAAGUUUAUGACAAUUGCAGCAAAUCAGGCAGGUAUACCGGGCGACCAGCUUACUCUUGUCUAUGAAUAUGAGGCUGCUGCUGUCUAUUGCAAAGGGAUUAAAGAUCUAUCAAAGGAUGGGGGUCAAGCUUCUGAAUCUUUUGGAGCGGGAUCCAAGUUCAUGGUUAUCGAUCUUGGAGAUACAGCCGAUAUAAUCGUACAUGAAGUGCAACAUGACGGGAAGCUGGUUGCUCUAGCUGCGAUAUCGGGUGGUCCUUGGGGUGGAAUCUUGGUUGACAGACAGUUGGAGAAGUUUCUCAUUGACCUUUUUGGUAAAGACGUCAUUGACAAAUUCUCGGAAGAUUGUAAACCUGACAAAUUAGACAUGGACAGAAUGGUUGAAGUAAAAAAAACGACAGAUAAAUUCAUCAAGGGAUUUAAGCUGUAUAGGGAGUUGAAGAACAAAGACUUCGAUAAAUCACUGUUGGAAACUGAUUUUAGUCAAACAGUUUCCAAUACACGGGACAAGCUACACGUUGCGAAUACUGUUUUCUUGGACAUGUUCAAAGAGUCGAAAGAAAAAGUCAUCAAUCACGUGGAAGCACAACUGAAGCACACUGAUCUGGGAAAUGUAAAAACGAUCAUGAUGGUUGGUGGAUUUUCUGAAUCGGAAAUCAUGCAAGAAGCAAUAAAAGAAAGGUUUGAAGACAAAGGGUAUGAAGUUAUCGUUCCGGAACAAGCAGGCUUGGCUGUGGUAAAAGGUGCCGUGCUGUAUGGUUACAAGCCUGAUUCAUUCUGUUCUGGAAAGAUGCCCUUUACUUACGGAUUUGCUGAUUAUGAGCCGAGAAAAACGCGUUUAGUUGUUGCAGCUAUUGACUUCGGUACAGCAUAUUCCGGCUACGCGUAUUCCUUCCUUGAUGAAUACAAGAAAGACCCAUUUAAGAUAUACGCGAACGCUGAUUGGUCAGAUGGAACAGGAUUGGUGACGCCAAAAGCUCCGACUAUUGUGCUGUUUGACAAAGCGAAGCGGUUUCAUUCCUUUGGAUAUAAAGCCGAGACGAAGUAUAACGAUCUUGCGAAUGGAGAUGAACAUAAAGGAUGGCGGUAUUUCAAAAGAUUUAAAAUGACAUUGUUUCAAAACAAUCGACUAAGUCUCCGUACUCAAAUUGACGACGAACAAGGCCAAAAAAUGUUAGCGUUAGAUGUAUUUGCAGCCGCUAUACAGUUCUUGAAGGACCAUUUGCUAGCACGCCUGAAAAAUAGGAGCAACGAUUUCCGUCCAACCGAUAUUGACUGGGUGCUGACAGUACCUGCCAUUUGGGAAGAUGCAGCAAAACAGUUCAUGAUAAUUGCAGCAGAUCAGGCAGGUAUACCGGGCGACCAGCUCACUCUUGCCUACGAGCCGGAGGCUGCUGCUGUCUUCUGCAAAGAGAUUAAAGUUGAUCUCUCAACGGAAGGAAAUCAAGCUUCUGAACUUAAGUCUUUUAGCGAGGGAUCCAAGUUCAUGAUUAUAGAUCUUGGAGGAGGUACAGCCGAUAUUACCGUACAUGAAGUGCAAAAUGACAGGACACUGGCCGCUCUAGCUGCGCCAUCGGGCGGUCCUUGGGGUGGAACCUUGGUUGACGGACAGUUAGACAAGUUCCUCAUUGGCUUAUUUGGAAAAGACGUCAUUGACAAAUUCUCGGAAGAUUGUAAACCUGACAAAUUAGACAUGGACAGAAUGGUAGAAAUUAAAAAACGACAGAUAGAUUCAUCAAGCGAUAAAGUUCAUAUCAAACUACCAAACGAACUAUUCGACUUGUAUAGGGAGUUGAACAACAAAGACUUCGAUAAAUCACUGUUGGAAACUGAUUUUAGUCAAACAGUUUCCAAGACACGGGACAGGCUACAUGUUGCGAAUAAAAUCUUCUUGGACAUGUUCAAAGAGUCGAAAGAAAAACUAAUCAAUCACGUGGAAGCACAACUGAGGCGCACUGAUCUGAGAAAUGUGAAAACGAUAAUGAUGGUUGGUGGAUUUUCUGAAUCGGAAAUCAUGCAAGAAGCAAUAAAAGAAAGGUUUAAAGACAAAGGGUAUGAAGUUAUCGUUCCGGAACAAGCAGGCUUAGCUGUGGUAAAAGGUGCCGUGAUUUAUGGUCAUAAUCCUGAUUCAAUCUGUUCCAGAAAGAUGCCUUUUACUUAUGGUAUCAGUACUGCUGUUCCAUUUGAAGACAACUUGCACGCCAGAGUACAUCGAUACGUGCGAGCAGAUGGAAAAGAAAUGUGUGAAGAUAUUUUCAAAACGUUUACUGUGAAAGGGGAAAAAGUUGUUCCCAGGAAAACUUCAGCCAAACAUACUUUCCAAUCACCCGCUGCAGGCAACACGCGCGUAACAGUUGAAGUAUACAAAUCGGUGGAAGAUACUCCUCCAAUGUAUACGACCGAUUGCAAAAGAGUAGGGGAACUAGUGUUACACACAAGGUCCUGCCAGGUGGACCAGAAAGCUUUGAUAAACGUGAAGAUGAUGUUUGGAGGAACAAAGGUCUCGGUGGAGGCACAAGAGCAGGGUACAAUGGGAAUGAACAAAGUUGAAGCUGAAUUUGACUGGUUAAAGAAUUAAGUGAGUGAAAGUAAUCUUUUGACCCUGUGAUACUUUGGCAUUUUUUUCAACUUGUACUACAUAUGUUAGUUAUACGAUGAUAAACUCUUUGGUGCUUGCAUUGAAAAUGAUUAAUAUCACUAAUGAUCAAGAUUUGUAAAAAUACUUCGUUAAGCGAGUGAUAAGCAAGUGAAGGGCUACGAGCACAUUCUGCGAGAAAUGCCGCAAAGGCCCAACGCUUAUGAAUCCAUUUCCGGCCUAUACGAAAAGCAUUGUUAAUGGCUUAAUAAGCCCUCAAUAGACUUGGUUUCUAAUGAACUCUUGUUUCACUAACCGUUAUAAUACGGUUACCAUAUCAAUUAUCAGUAAAGCAAACUCUAUAGUAUGUGUUUUUGUGUUAUUUGUUUUUGAGUAUGCGGUGUUUAUUUGUUUUGUCUCUAGUUUAUUGACAAUUUGAGACCUUGCCUUGUGCCAAUAAUCAAGGUAAAUUUUUGAAUAUUCGACUACUGGGAUGUCCCUGUUGUUUUCAUUGUUUUAUUGUAUUCUUUAAUUAAACAUGUAAAGGCGUUCAUAGUACAAUGGUAAAGUUCAAGCCUUUACAUUUGACUAGUUGAGACGCCUUAAUAGCAUUUCCCAUUCAAAUUUAAUUUUCGUGCUACUUUUUGAAACAUUAUUAUCUUAUGAGUAUUGUUUAAAGUUAACAAAAUGCUUGUUACAAUGAAAAGAAAUUAUCAAAUUUUAAAUUAUAGAUAUUAGAGCUGUAUUGUUAACAUAUGUCGAAAAUGCAAUUUGCAUUUUCUACUACAUAUCACCUAUUGCAUUUGAUGUCUCACAUUCAUUCAUCUGUGUUUAAACACAAUUUAAUAUGAGGUUGAAUGAUAAGAAUGCUUAUUGUAAUUAUUUUUGCUCAAUAAAAAAUGU